ACCAACAUGGAGAGUUUGUACCGAGUCCUGUUCUUAGUGCUCGAAUGUCCCAUCCUGAAGCUGAAGAAGCCACCCUGGGUGCACAUGCUGUUGGCCAUGACAGCGUACGCUCUGGUGGUGGUGUCUUACUUCCUCAUCACUGGAGGAAUCAUUUAUGAUGUUAUUGUCAAAACUCCAAGUGUCAGCUCCAUGACUGAUGAACGUGGGUAUCAGAGACCAGUAGCUUUCUUGGCCGGCAGAGUAAAUGGACAAUAUAUUAUGGAAGGACUCACAUCCAGCUUCCUGUUUACAAUGGGAGGUUUAAAUUUCAUAAUCCUGGACCGAUCCAAUGCACCAAACAUUCCCAAACUCAAUAGAUUUCUCCUUCUAUUCAUUGGAUUCAUCUGUGUUCUAUUGAGUUUUUUCAUGGCUAGAGUAUUCAUGAGAAUGAAACUGCCAGGCUAUCUGAUGGGUUAGAGUGCCUUCUGAGAAGAAAUCGGUGGAUACUGAAUUUGCUCCUGUUAAUGAAGUUUUCAAGGCUG